AGAGAUAGGAGAGAAUUCUGCUGAAAGGAAGCAUUUUUAGUGGAUGGGAUAAAACACAACCAUGGAAACUACAUCAGAAGAGAACCGAGAGCAGAGCCAAGAGAAAGGAGGUACCAGAAUCAACAGUUGCUUCGAGUGCUGCAUCAAGUGUCUGGGCGGGGUGCCGUAUGCAUCGCUGGUGGCCACCAUCCUAUGUUUCUCCGGCGUGGCCCUGUUCUGUGGCUGCGGCCAUGUGGCCCUCACCGGAACCCUCACCAUCCUGGAGAACCACUUCUCCAAAGUCACCUCUGACCACGCCAUGCUGACCGACGUAAUACAGCUGAUGCAGUACGUCAUCUAUGGCAUCGCCUCCUUCUUCUUCCUCUACGGAAUCAUCCUGCUGGCCGAGGGCUUCUACACCACCAGCGCUGUGAAGGAGCUGCACAGCGAGUUCAAGACCACCAUCUGCGGACGCUGUAUUAGUGGCAUGUUUGUGUUCCUGACCUACAUCCUGGGUAUCGCCUGGCUGGGUGUGUUUGGUUUCUCCGCCGUGCCCGUCUUCCUCUUCUACAACAUGUGGUCCACCUGCACCGCCAUGAGGUCACCUGUGGCUAACCUCACCAACGUGGACACCAUCUGUGUCGACGUUCGUCAGUACGGUAUCAUCCCCUGGAACGCUUCUCCAGGCAAGGCUUGUGGGUCCACACUUGGAGACAUCUGUAAUACCAGUGAGUUCUACCUGUCCUACCACCUGUACAUCAUAGCAUGUGCUGGAGCCGGGGCCACAGUCAUUGCUCUGAUCCACUUCCUCAUGAUUCUCUCAGCAAACUGGGCCUACCUAAAGGAUGCCAGUCACAUGCAUGCCUAUCAAGACAUCAAACUGAAGGAGGAGCAGGAGCUGCAUGACAUCACGUCUCGUUCAAAGGAACGCCUCAAUUCCUACACAUAAGGAUUACGCUCUGGUCCGCCCUCACACCUCUAUGGUCACUCACACACACACACACACGCACACGCACACGCACACGCACACGCACACGCACACGCACACACACACACACACACACACACACACACACACACACACACACACACACACACACACACACACACACACACACACACACAGGCCAUCUCAGGCGGUCUGACCAAGAGAACACUCUUCUCCCAUAACCUGCCAGCUGCCCUCAUUCAGCACAGUACUAACACGGCUCCUAACAAACUAAUGCAUCAAUGUCUCUUUCUACAACUAACUGAUCAAGAUGUCUGUGUCAGAACCUCUGUUUUGUGUUUCGUGUGUGACUAUACUUUUGUUUUUAUUUUUCAAAUUUUUCUAGGAUUUUUUUGUAGCUAUUAUUAUUUUGAUUUUUGAUUUUUUUCUAACCAGUGAUUGCUGGUGAACUUGAAACAUUGCACUAUUCUAAAACAAUAAGGAAAUAAAUAGUGAAACUUGUUUUAGAGUGUUCUGUUAUGAUUCUGGUCUGACUGUCGGCCAUUAUGAAUAAGGAAGAGCGGGAAGUUCUUGUCAGCGAGAAGAGAAUCCUUUUUUUUAUUUAUUUUUUAAAAUCAAAGAUGCAGUUUUGAUUACACCUCACAGCACAACAUGAAACGCCUUACAACAUCACAUAUAUAUAAAAGUGGUGCAAUGUGCUGUUGCUAAUUGCAAACAAGUUUGGUCCUCCUGGCUCUGAAUGGAGAGCAUAUGAAGAGGAGGAAUGAGAAGGCAAAACAACAUUCUAUUGUACAACAGAACAUGCAUGUGUUGGCUUCUUUGACAAAGUGUUUACGUUACCCCUCUGCCCAUUUGAAACUGUUUGGGAUUAGAAUACUUUUCUCUUGCUAGUAGUUUGAGUUGAAAUAGGUAUGAUCAUUCUGAUUCUAGAAUUUCACAAGUUACAUUCAUCACAUACAUUCCAACUAAAAUGUUAAUAUUUGAAUUGAAACGGUACUAAUGAUGUAAAAUCCUAAUUCCCUAACAGAGGAACUACCUCAUGCCUACGCAGCUACACUUACUGAACAUGCACAGGUAUGUUAGUUGAGAUAACCACUUGCCCAUGUAAACUGUACCCAAACCUGUUGGGGUUUUCAUUUUAGUCCUUUUAGGAGGAAUCCUUUACAUGUUUAGUCCUUACGCCUUUAGCCCUUAAACUUUGAGUCCUUACACCAUUAGUCCUUACAAUUUUAGUUUAUUUAUUUUUAUUUAUUUUACUCUGGCAAGUGAAUGGUGCCAAUAAGAAUUAUACAGUUAGACUGACCAAAAUAUUUCAUCUUAAUACAUGGCCAUUGUGUGAUGCCAUGGUUAAUAAUUAGUAUCGUUUUAUUUUUUCAAAUGCAGCAUUUUUAUUGACAGUCUACAUAUAAUUUAAAAUGUCUUGUUUAAUGUCUUUGUGAGAUGAAAAAUAAGGUCAAAUUUGACUAUUGAACAUGAGGAUGGUAUACUACCUUGUUGCACAGAGGGGCUUGUAUGUCCAAAGUAUUGUUGGGAUGAAUAAAUGCUUCUUAUUGUAUAGUGUAUGAUCUUCCACAGUUCAUUCCAAAUUCCAAUGUGUGACUUGAAAUUCCCAUUUGCGAUUGUCAAAUCUUUAUCCCUAUAGCUACAAGAUACAACAUGCUUACAUUUGACUUGGUUGAGAGACAACUGGUGAUCUGAAACUCAAUGUUAAUGUGCUGUGUUACCAUGGCAGACCUUAUGACUUAGACAGUGCAAGUAAGAUGUGUGAACGUUAACCAUUCUACAUUCAAGCUGAGAUAACUCAGCUGUUAGGGUGUUGAUCUGUACAAUUUAAAGAUGUUACAAGUCAGGAGUUUUUUUGUGAUAUUUCCAUCUUGUUUUUUUGAAGAUAUAACCACUUAAAGAAGAAAAACCCGUUUCUAAAUCUCUUGAAUUGUAUUUCAGUAUUGUUUUUUUUUAACGUGCAGUUGUUAAAUUACUGACAUAAUUACUGAUGCAAUCUUUAUCUGUUAUUUAGAGGACUUACAGGAAUUUUGAUGUUUAUUCAUUAGUGCAUUAAGGAGAAACUGUUUCUGCAGUGAUACAGGUGAGUUUGUUACAGGAGAUGUGUAGUCAUUUGUACUGACAACUAUGGUAGGCAGUGUUUGCCGGUUUCCAGAGAACAAUUUAGUCCAGGGUGUGUCUUAAUCCUGAAGUAUAUAAUUCCUCUAUAGUAUUUUCUAUUAGUGUCAAGGACUUCCUUGGGAAUUUAUUUCAGGUGAAACUUAACUCGUUACAGUAUUCUGAAUAUUGAUCAUCACUCCUCACCCUACGAUUGAAAAUGCCAAUCUGACCAUGAAUGGAAUACGGUUCGGCCAAAGUUUACAAGCCACUGUAUGACUUGAUUGUUCUGUAAACAAAGUGGCCUCUGACAUAUUGUACAACAGAUUCAAAAGGUUUGUAGUGGCCUGCAGAAAUAUGACUAUGAUGUGAAUUGAAUGACAUACCGUCCCAUCAUACAGUGCUUCCUGUGUAUAAUGUACCAAAAAAGAAUAGUAAUCAAAAUGGCUACCGAUCAAACACCAGGAUCCAACGUCCUGUCUGGCUGGAAUCCCCUUUGACAUUUCUCCCUCUCUAAUUGUUUUUAUGAAAAUAAAAAAUACAAAUAUGUACUCGUCAA